AUGUCUGUCUCUGACGGAGGUCUUUGGGCUGUGUUGUGGUAUGUUGUCAGGGGGUAUUGGCCAGUGAGUUGGGGUGGCUCAGACGUCAGGUCCCUAGUCUACACUCAGUGGACACUUUCUUAAUCGAAUGCACUUAUUAUAUGUUACUCUGGAUAAAAGUGUCUGCUGGAAAGCACUUCAGACAGAGGACUUCUAGCACUUCACUUCUGUCAUUAUUUUGUUUCCCCCUCCUUUUUCUAAUUUCCUACUUUCUCUCAACGUGUGUGUCUGCCUGCCUGCCUGUCUGUCUGUCUGCCUUUGUCUGUCUGCAUGCCUGUCUGCCUGUCUGCCUUUCUGCCUGCCUGUCUGCCUGCCUGCAUGCCUAUCUGCCUGACUGUCUACCUGCAUGCCUGCCUGCCUGCCUGCCUGCCUGCCUGCCUGCCUGUCUGCGUGUCUGCCUGCAUGCAUAUCUGCCUGCCUGCCUGCCUGCCUGCCUGCCUACCUGCAUAUGUCUAGCCUAUAUAAGCAUACCCUUUCCAGUCCCUCUGUCAGUCAGUCAUUAAUGAAUGGGGUGAGGACAGAAGGAGGCUGAUGAAGUGGUGAGGACAGAAGGAGGCUGAUCAAAUCAAAUCAAAAUGCAUUUGUCACAUGCGCCGAAUACAACAGGUGUAGACUUUACCGUGAAAUGCUUACUUACAAGCCUUAACCAACAAUGCAGUUUUAAGAUAAAUAACAGUUAAGAAAAAAUAUUUACUAAUUAAAGUAAAGUGAAAAAUAAAAGAGCAACAAUAAAAUAACAAUAACGAGGCUAUAUACAGGGGGUACCGGUACCGAGUCAAUGUGCAGGGGUACAGGUUAGUCGAGUUAAUUGAGGUAAUAUAUACAGUGAGGGAAAAAAAGAAUUUGAUCCCCUGCUGAUUUUGUACGUUUGCCCACUGAUAAAGAAAUGAUCAGUCUAUAAUUUUAAAUGGUAGGUUUAUUUGAACAGUGAGAGACAGAAUAACAACAACAAAAUCCAGAAAAACGCAUGUUAAAAAUGUUAUAAAUUGAUUUGCAUUUUAAUGAGGGAAAUAAGUAUUUGACCCCUCUGCAAAACAUGACUUAGUACUUGGUGGCAAAACAGAUUUUCUAUGGGAUUAAGGUCUGGAGACUGGCUAGGCCACUCCAGGACCUUAAUGUGCUUCUUCUUGAGCCACUCCUUUGUUGCCUUGGCCGUGUGUUUUGGGUCAUUGUCAUGCUGGAAUACCCAUCCACGACCCAUUGUCAAUGCCCUGGCUGAGGGAAGGAGGUUCUCACCCAAGAUUUGACGGUACAUGGCCCCGUCCAUCGUCCCUUUGAUGCGGUGAAGUUGUCCUGUCCCCUUAGCAGAAAAACACCCCCAAAACAUACUAUUUCCACCUCCAUGUUUGACGGUGGGGAUGGUGUUCUUGGGGUCAUAGGCAGCAUUCCUCCUCCUCCAAACACGGCGAGUUGAGUUGAUGCCAAAGAGCUCCAUUUUGGUCUCAUCUGACCACAACACUUUCACCCAGUUCUCUGAAUCAUUCAGAUGUUCAUUGGCAAACUUCAGACGGGCAUGUAUAUGUGCUUUCUUGAGCAGGGGGACCUUGCGGGCGCUGCAGGAUUUCAGUCCUUCAUGGCGUAGUGUGUUACCAAUUGUUUUCUUGGUGACUAUGGUCCCAGCUGCCUUGAGAUCAUUGACAAGAUCCUCCCGUGUAGGUCUGGGCUGAUUCCUCACCGUUCUCAUGAUCAUUGCAACUCCACGAGGUAAGAUCUUGCAUGGAGCCCCAGGCCAAGGGAGAUUGACAGUCCUUUUGUGUUUCUUCCAUUUGCGAAUAAUCGCACCAACUGUUGUCAACUUCUCACCAAGCUGCUUGGCGAUGGUCUUGUAGUCCAUUCCAGCCUAGUGUAGGUCUACAAUCUUGUCCCUGACAUCCUUGGAGAGCUCUUUGGUCUUGGCCAUGGUGGAGAGUUUGGAAUCUGAUUGAUUGGUUGCUUCUGUGGACAGGUGUCUUUUAUACAGGUAACAAACUGAGAUUAGGAGCACUCCCUUUAAGAGUGUGCUCCUAAUCUCAGCUCGUUACCUGUAUAAAAGACACCUGGGAGCCAGAAAUCUUUCUGAUUGAGAGGGGGUCAAAUACUUAUUUCCCUCAUUAAAAUGCAAAUCAAUUUAUAACAUUUUUGACAUGCUUUUUCUGGAUUUUUGUGUUGUUAUUCUGUCUCUCACUGUUCAAAUAAACCUACCAUUAAAAUUAUAGACUGAUCAUUUCUUUGUCAGUCGGCAAACAUACAAAAUCAGCAUUGGAUCAAAUACUUUUUUCCCUCACUGUACAUAUAGGUAGGGGUAAAGUCACUAUGCAUAGAUAAUAGAUAAUAAACAGUGAGGGGGGGAGGCCGAGCAGCGCCUUGCGGUCGGAGGCCGAGCAGUUGCCGUACCAGGUGGUGAUGCAACCAGUCAGGAUGCUCUCGAUGGUGCAGCUGUAUAACCUUUUGAGAAUCUGAGGACCCAUGCCAAAUCUUUUCCGUCUCCUGAGGGGGAAUAGGCAUUGUCGUGCCCUCUUCACGACUGUCUUGGUGUUUUUGGACAUUUUACAUUUUAGUCAUUUAGCAGACGCUCUUAUCCAGAGCGACUUACAGUUUAGUGAGUGCAUACAUAAAAACAUUAUUUUUUAAAAAUCAUACUGGACCAUGAUAGUUUGUUGGUGAUGUGGGCACCAAGGAAUAAGCAGUAAGCAGGAAUCAGGAGGAUAUAAUUAUGGUCAGAUUUGCCAAAUUGGGGGCGAGGGAGAGCUUUGUAUGCAUCUCUGUGUGUGGAGUAAAGGUGGUCUAUAGUUUUUUUUCCCUUCAUGUUGCACAUGUAAUUCUCUUGGUAAAGUGGUGAGGACAGAAGCAGGCUGAUGAAGUGUUCGUAUUGAAGUGGUGAUGAGAUGACUCCCAGAGUAGAGGCUGUGAUACAGAGACUGACUGGAACAGCUACAGAUGUAGGAUCUUAAUUUGAUCACUCUUUUGUUGCUGAGAAAAGUUGUAGUGUAUUCAAGGUUUAAAAAGUCUUCUAAAGUUUAUAAUUUCCAUGAAAAAUUUUGCAACCCUUAUAAUAAAAUGCCAGUAAUUAUAAUCCACAUAAUAAUUCACAUUUCCUGUUGCUGCAGGAUUAUUUUCCUGCUGUAGCGAAGUGGCUCAAAUUAAGAUCCUACAUCUGUAGUAUAUUACUGAGUCUGCAUGGCUGGUCCUCACACUGAGACUGCAGCCUCCCACUCACUCUCUAGUCUAGGAGAAGCUGCUCUCCAAGAAAAGGCCCACUCUGCUGCAAAGAGCGUUGUGUCUAGUCCAGGCAGGGAACAGUCAAUGUUAGACAAACUCAAAAUAUCUCCACAUAAUAACUCAGUACAGUUCUACCACAGUGUUUCAGCUGUAGGUUGUAUGUCUGUCUGUCUGUCUGUCUCUCUCGCUCCAUCUCCUCAUCUCCCUUUCUCUCUUCUCCCUCUCUUCUCUCUCUCCCUUUUGUUACAUAUAUGUUUUCUCUCUCGUCCUCUUCCGUUUCCUCGCUUUCUUUCGCUCUAUCUUUCCCCAUCUCUCUCUCCAUCCUUCCUCUCCCUCUCUGAGGGGCAGGUGUGAGUGUAGAGUUACUAAGGUGUAUGAGAGGCUGUCGCUGACCCAGUCUAAUGUGGAUUUGGUAGGGAGACGUCACUACCUGUACUGCUGAGCUGAGCCUGUUCCUGUUACAUGUGGUGAAUUACCACAGUCGUUAUGUGCUUGACCGUCACUGAUUGCUCCACUGUUAAUUUCAGUACAACGUCCAAACAAAAAGUUUUGUGGCAGAUUGUAUUAAUUUAUUCUAAUCAGCUCUCAGUGUCAGAUAGAGCACUGAGAGGACUUAUAGAGGUCACUAAGGCACUGGCCAAUAAAUCUGGAGCGUGUGUGUGUGUGUGUGUGUGUGCAUGCGUGUGCCCGUGUGUGUAUGUUUAAGGCUGGCCCUCAGACUGCAGCCUUCUCCUCAGUAGUUUGAGAGGGUUCUUGCUAUUUGAAGUGUGUGUGUUUGUUUGUUAGACAGUGAGACUGUGAGUGUGUUUGUGUUUCUCUUGUUUGUGUGUGUAUAUAAACUCUCUCCCUCCCUCCCUCUCUCUCCUCAGGUGGGAACCCUCGAGGGGUGUUUGCCCUGGGGCAGGUGCAGGGUGAGUGGAAGAUGUACGUGAAGCGCCCACUGGACCGUGAGGAACAGGAACUAUACAUCCUCAACAUUACCGCUAGCGACGGCCUGUUCGUCACCAGGGCAACCGUGGAGGUGUCUGUGACUGACACCAACGACAACAGCCCUGUCUGUGACCAGGUCAGUCACACUCUUUAUUUACGGACUGUUCCGUCAGUACACUAUUGCAUUUUAUAUGUUUAUGUUUAUUGGUCAUUAUUCUAAUCUGUUUUCUGAAUGACAUAGUUUCCUACAAUAUAGUAAAACAUUGGCAUUGAUUAUCAUAGGUGUUCACUGUUUAUUGUAAGCUGUCCCAUGUGAUACGUAGCUGUGGUUGUGGCUGUGUGUUCCUGUGUGAGGUCUAGUGAUACGUAGCUGUGGUUGUGUCUGUGUGUUGCUGUGUGAGGUCUAGUGAUACGUGUCUGUGUGUUGCUGUGUGAGGUCUAGUGAUACAUAGCUGUGGUUGUGUCUGUGUGUUGCUGUGUGAGGUCUAGUGAUACGUAGCUGUGGUUGUGUCUGUGUGUUGCUGUGUGAGGUCUAGUGAUACGUGGUCUGUGUGUUGCUGGUGAGGUCUAGGAUACGUAGCUGUGGUUGUGUUUGUGUGUGCUGUGUGAGGUCUGGUGAUACGUAGCUGUGGUUGGUCUGUGUGUUGCUGUGUGAGGUCUAGUGUUACGUAGCUGUGGUUGGUCGUGGUGUUGACUGUGUGAGGUCUGGGUGAUAUGUAGCUCGUGGUUUGUGUCUGUGUGUUUGCUGUGUGAGGUCUGGUGAUACGUAGCUGUGGUUGUGGCUGUGUGUUCCUGUGUGAGGUCUGGUGAUACGUAGCUGUGGUUGUGUCUGUGUGUUGCUGUGUGAGGUCUAGUGAUACGUAGCUGUGGUUGUGUCUGUGUGUUGCUGUGUGAGGUCUGGUGAUACGUAGCUGUGGUUGUGUCUGUGUGUUGCUGUGUGAGGCUAGUGAAUGUAGCUGUGGUUGUGUCUGUGUGUUGCUGUGUGAGGUCUAGGGGAUACGUAGCUGUGGUUGUGUUUGUGGGUUUCUGUGUGAGGUCUAGUGAUACGUUGUGUGUGUGUUGCUGUGUGAGGUCUGAGUGAUACGUAGCUGUGGUUGGUCUGUGUGUUGCUGUGUGAGGUCUAGUGAUACGUAGACUGUGGUUGUGUCUGUGUGUUUCGCGUGUGAGGUCUAGUAUACGUAGCUGUGGUUGUUGUCUGUUGUGUUGCGUGUGAGGUCUAGUGAUACGUAGCUGUGGUUGUGUCUGUUUAGGGGUUGCUGUAUAUGUAAAGGACUGGGAUUCUAGCUGUUUGACGACGAUUUUUUGUGUUUGUACUUUUUGUUAUUGUGUUGAGUUCUAUAUGUGUCUAGGGAGAUUGUUGUACUCAAUAGAGUGUUUGGCGGUGAGCUGUUUGAAUGGACUACGUUUGUAGUUAGUAUUCUCUUGUUGGGGUAUGGAGGAGCUUAUGUUCGGAGGGGGACUUUUUGGUUAGUAUUUCUUGUGUUGUGUAUGGAGGAGCUAUAUGUUCGGAGGGAUGACUUUUUGAUGUUAGUAUUUUCUUGUUGUUGUGUAUGGAGGAGCUGUAUGGAGGAGGGAUAACUUUUUGAUGUUAGUAUGUUCUUGUUGUUGUGUAUGGAGGAGCUGUAUGGAGGAGGGAUGACUUUUUGAUGUUAGUAUUUUCUUGUUGUUGUGUAUGGAGGAGCUGUAUGUUCGGAUGGAUGACUUUUUGAUGUUAGUAUGUUCGUGUUGUUGUGUUUGGAGGAGCUGUAUGGAGGAGGGAUAACUUUUUGAUGUUAGUAUUUUCUUGUGUGUGUAAAUGCUAUGUAUUAUGAACGUUGUGGGGGUUUGAUGUCAGUAGCUUAUAUUUUUGUUGUCUCUGGGUAAAUGCUUUACGAGCGUUAUGGUUGUUAGUAUAUUCUUGUUGUGUGUGUAAAUGUUAUGAAUUAUGAGUGUUGUGUUGUUUGAUGCUAUCUUGCUGUGUGUGCAGGCUCUGUACACAGCCUCGGUCCCAGAGGAUAUCCCAGUCAACAGAGUGAUAGUGGGGGUUGGGGCCAGCGAUGCUGAUGUAGGGGUCAGUGCUUGGAUCCAGUACUCUCUAUAUGGACCCGGCUCUGAAGACUUCAGCAUCGACCCAGACACUGGUACACUACCUUUACUUUAUUUAACAUUUGCCAAUGAAGUUGAUGUGUGUGUGAUCUUAACCUGUCUCUCCUCUUUUUCUGUUCAGGCGAACUAAAGACAGCCCAGGCCCUGGACCGGGAGAAGACCCCUGUGUACAGACUGGUUGCCCAGGCGACAGACGGAGGUGGUCGGUUCUGUCGUGCAGAGGUCCACCUAACGCUGUUGGAUGUGAAUGACAACCCUCCAGCGUUCUCUGCUCCCCACUACACUGCCAGUGUGUAUGAAGACACAGCUACCAAGGCCCUGCUCACACGCAUACAGGCCAUCGACCCUGAUGAAGGUAAGAAUGGAAUAUUCUCCUCUCUCUGUUCUCUGUUUCUCCCUUACUCUGUCUCUCUCUCUCUCUCUCUCUCUCUCUCUCUUCUCUCUUUCUCUCUCUCUCUCUCUCUCUCUCUCUCUCUCUCUCUCUCUCUCUCUGUCACACUUUCUCUCUCACUCUGUCCCUUUCUCUCACUCUGUCUUUAUGUCUCUCUCUCUGUCCCUGUCUCUCUCUCUCUCUCCCUCUCUCUCUCGCCUGCACACACUGCAGCUUUUCCGGACCAACGUUGCCCAUCCAGCAGAAUAUUAACCGAAAGAUGGGUAGAGUUUAUAAUAAUGUUUACUCUGCUUUGCUCAGCACUUACCUCACUGUUAGCUGUUAGCAAUCCUAUUUAAUUUGCCUUGGGUUUGGACCAGCUGCUAGCACGUAGUGCUAGCAAUCACACACACACACUGCUAACACUCACACUGCAUCGCAGUGCUAACUGUGCCACUAGAGAUCCUGGUUCGAAUCCAGGCUCUGUCACAGCCGGCCGCGACCGGGAGACUCAUGGGCGGCGCACAAUUGGCCCAGCGUCGUCCAGGGUAGGGGAGGGAAUGGCCGGCAGGGAUGUAGCUCAGUUGAUAGAGCAUGGCGUUUGCAACGCCAGGGUUGUGGGUUCGUUUCCCACGGGGGGCCAGUAUAAAAAAAUAAAAAAUAAAAAAAUACAAAAAUAUAUAAAUAAAUGUAUUCACUAACUGUAAGUCACUCUGGAUAAGAGCGUCUGCUAAAUGACUAAGAUGUAAAUGUAAUUCUCUGACUGGAUUUGGCUGCUGUCAACGUCUCGCCUGGCAAAGAAGGAAGGGAAAGAAAAUAAACCUCUGCCACAACCACACGAAUGAAAAGUCACAUCCAUAAAAGUAUUGAAGUAUUAGAGAUAAAGGUAUUAGCGCAUUAAAGGUUUACCAACAAGCCACGCAGCGUCGAGGAAGCACUGUGGCUGUUAGCAGGAUGAAAGAGAGAAGGGUAUCAGGGGAGGAGAGAGAGGGAGAGAAAGAAAGAGAGGGAGAGAGAGAUAGAGACAGAGAGGCAGAAGGGCAUCAGGGGAGGAGAGAGAGGGAGGGAGAGAGAGAUAGAGAGGCAGAAGGGCAUCAGGGGAGGAGAGAGAGGGAGAGAGAUAGAGAUAGAGAGGCAGAAGGGCCAUGCAGGAGGAAGGAGUGAGAAGGGAGAGGAGGAGAGAGAGGAGCAAGGAAGGGCAGAGGAGAGGAGAGAUGAGCCAGGGGGGAGAGAGGAGAGGAGGAGAUAGAAGAGAGGCAGAAGGGCAUCAGGGGAGGAGAGAGAGGAGGGAAGGGGAGAAGAUAGAGACAGAGAGGAGAGAGGGAGAGGAGUGAGAGAUAGAGAGGGAAGAAGGACAGGAGAGAGAGAUGAAGAGCGAGGAUCGAGGGAGAGAGGAGGAGAGAAGGGGAGAGGAGGGGGAGAGAUAGAGAGAGAGGAGAGAAGAGAGAGAAGGGAGAGAGAGGAGAGAGAGAUAGGACAAGAGUAGGCAAGAGGAGUAGAAGGAGGAAGAAGAGAGAGAGGAGAGGAGAGAUAGAGAGAAGGAGGAGAGAGAGAGGAGGAUAAGAGAGAGAGAGAGUAGAGAAGAGAGGCAGAAGGGCAUCAGGGGAGGAGAGAGAGGGAGAGAGAGAUGAACGAGAGGCAGAAGGCAUCAGGGGAAGGAGAGCGAGAGGGAUAAGAGCAGAAGGCAUCAGGGGAGGAGGAGAGGAGGAAGAGUAGAGAAGAGAGGCAAAGGCAUCAGGGGAGGAGAGAGAGAGAGAUGAAGAGAUAGAGAGGAGAAGGCAUCAGGGGAGGAGAGAGAGAUAGAGACAGAGAGGCAGAAGGGCAUCAGGGGAGGAGAGAGAGAGGGAGAGAGAGAGAGAGACAGAGAGGCAGAAGGGCAUCAGGGGAGGAGAGAGAGGGAGAGAGAGAUAGAGACAGAGAGGCAGAAGGGCAUCAGGGGAGAGAGAGGAGAGAGAUAGGACGAGAGCAGAGGCUAGGGGGAGAUGGGAUGAGAGAUAGAGACAGAGAGGCAGAAGGGCAUCAGGGGAGGAGAGAGAGGGGAGAGAGGGAGAGAGAGAUAGAGACAGAGAGGCAGAAGGGCAUCAGGGGAGGAGAGAGAGAGAGUUGUUCUAACAUCCCUCUCUCCUCUCCCCUCUCUCCAGGCGUCAGUCGUAAGGUGGUCUAUUCUCUAGCCAACUCUGCCGGCGGCUUCUUCUCCAUCGACAAAUCCUCCGGCAUCGUGGUCCUGGAACGUACCCUCGACCGCGAACAGCAACCAUCCUACAUGAUCACGGUCAGAGCGUCCGACCAGGGCUCUCCGGUCCGCCUGUCCUCCCUGGUCAACGUGACCGUCACGGUCCUGGACAUCAAUGACAACCCGCCGGUGUUUGAGCGGCGUGACCACCUCGCCACUGUGCCAGAGGACGUGGGGUUAGGGAUGGAGGUGCUGAGAGUGUACGCAGCCAGUAAGGACAUUGGAACCAACGCUGAGAUCACCUAUAGUAUCCGCUCAGGCAACGAGCACGGAAAGUUCCACAUACACCCCCUCACUGGUGAGUUUCCAUAUGCAGAAUAUAAAGUGUCAAUGUAUAUGUCUUUAUUAGCAAAUUCAUGUUACAGACUUCUACAUGGUGUUAGAAGUAGGAUAUAUACCACCCUAUUGACCUCUCACUCUCUCUGUGUACCAGGUGCCAUCUCUGUGUCCAAGGCUCUGGACUUUGAGACGUGUAAAGACUACUUCCUCACUGUGGAGGCCAGAGACGGUGGAACCCCGCCCCUAAGCGCCAUAACCAUGGUAAACAUCAACCUGACGGACGUCAAUGACAAUGCACCCAUGUUCAGCCGAGAUGUUUACACCGCUGUCGUAUCCGAGGACGCAACCAUCGGAGAGUCCGUCGUCAAGGUAUGUCCUGUUGGCUCUUUAAACUGGACUGGUUCAGCCAUGUUUCCCUGACCUCUCCAGGAGUACCCCCAAUCUCUUUAACCUGGACUUGUUCAGCCAUGUUUCCCUGACCUCUCCAGGAGUACCCCCAAUCUCUUUAACCUGGACUGGUUCAGCCAUGUUUCCCUGACCUCUCCAGGAGUACCCCCAAUCUCUUUAACCUGGACUGGUUCAGCCAUGUUUCCCUGACCUCUCCAGGAGUACCCCCAAUCUCUUUAACCUGGACUGGUUCAGCCAUGUUUCCCUGACCUCUCCAGGAGUACCCCCAAUCUCUUUAACCUGGACUGGUUCAGCCAUGUUUCCCUGACCUCUCCAGGAGUACCCCCAAUCUCUUUAACCUGGACUGGUUCAGCCAUGUUUCCCUGACCUCUCCAGGAGUACCCCCAAUCUCUUUAACCUGGACUGGUUCAGCCAUGUUUCCCUGACCUCUCCAGGAGUACCCCCAAUCGGGUUGCACU